UUUUUGAGAUGGUAGCAAAAUAUUUAGUGGUAUUAUUAGCAAUAACAUUACUAGUUUGGGGGAAUUACAACGUAAGUGCAACAGAAUUUGUUGUAGGAGAUGCUGCAGGCUGGAAUGUGCCAGAUUCACCAACAACAUACUCCUCUUGGGCUUCAGAACACAACUUCUCUAUUGGUGACAUUCUAGUAUUCAACUUUACGAGUGGAUCUCACACGGUGGCCUUAGUGAACAAGACUGCAUUUGAGACAUGUAAUACAGACGACACAAUCUCAGUCACAUCUCAAAGCCCAUCAAAAGUUCCCCUUCAGGAAAUAGGCCAACUUCACUUCAUUUGCACCAUUGGUGCCCACUGUUCUUCCGGUCAAAAGCUAACCAUCAAUGUCUCCGACCAUUCGUCGUCAUCGUCGUCGUCGUCGUCGCCGCCAUUACGAGCUCCAGUGUCAGCCCCAUUGAGUUCAUCAUCACCUUCAAAUCUCACCCCACUUGCUAUUGUUUCCUCAGCUUCUUUUGUUUUCUUUUUGCUUGUGGAUGUUCUUGUUUAACUAUUUUAAUUAUGUUCGGAAUGAUAGAGUAGGUAUUACUCUGCCGAGAAGGCCCCACUUAACUAAUUU